UAAAUUAAUAUCAGUCAUAUUGACAGUUGAGGUUAUGUUGACAUAACCUAUAAGUUAUUUCUAAUCAACACAUUAAUAAAAGUUAAAAUAAAAAAACCAUGGAAGUUGGGGAAUCCUCAACGAAUCAAUCCCUUGAAACUAAAAUAACCGAUUUAGCUAAAUCAAAACCUGAUGGAAUAACAAACAGUGAUAUUGGAAAGCAUAUUCCAGACGUUGAGGCUCAGAUUUGGGCGAAAGCGGUGAAUAAAUUACUUAAGAAUGGGACGUUGGAGUUGUUUCAAGAUAAAAACCAACUGUUUUAUAAAUACAAAGAUCCCUCAAAGAAAACUGUUAAUAAAGGAGCUGAUAAUGAGGAAAAAGUAGUUUAUAAAAUCAUCGAAGAAGCGGGAUGUAUUGGGAUUUGGAUUCGAGAUAUUCGAUUCAAAUCCAAUUUAAAUAUGACGCAAUUAAAUAAAGUUUUAAAAAGCUUGGAAACAAAAAAGAUUAUUAAAGCUGUUAAAUCAGUUAGCGCUGGAAAGAAAAAAGUAUACAUGUUAUAUGAUCUUGAACCUGAUAACUCAGUAACAGGAGGUGCUUGGUAUCAAGAUCAAGAUUUUGAAUCAGAAUUUGUCGAUGUUCUCAACCAACAGUGUCAUAGAUUUUUAUCUGAACGACUUGAAGAAGCUUUAAAACAAGGCGGAGGUCCUUUACUAGUUCGAAAUAGAAGUUACGUGUCCAUGAAUGAUGUUCACAAAUUUAUUUCUGAACUUGGUAUAAGCAAAGUGCAGCUUACCGUUGAAGAUUUGGAAAGCAUUUUAUACACCUUAGUUUUGGAUAAUAAAGCGGAACGAAUUUUGAAUCCAAAAGGAUUAUAUUUGUAUCGCGCUGUUAAUAGUUUUCUUAAAAUGCCAGGAAUUGUUAAAGCUUCCUGUGGGAUUUGUCCUAUUAUUGAUCGGUGUGCAGAAACUGGUUUGAUUAAUCCAAAAGCUUGUACUUAUUUAAAUGAUUGGUUAAAUGAAUAAAAAUAAAAGAAUAUGUUUCAAAA